UGUUCACAGGUCCAGAGUUCGCAAACAGUUCGGUAGAGUUUAGUGUUAGAAUUAGCUAUCCCCUAGGAAAAGAAAGUGCCAAACGAUGAGUCAACGAAGCUGGAUUAUUUUGGCGCUGGCCGUUGUUCUUUGCAUCGGAGAAAUUAGUGCUGCAAAAGUGUCCUGCGUGAAGUGCAACAGCAAAGAUUCCGCAGAUUGCGCCGCAGGAAAAGGAACACCAGCGGAAUGUACCGCCGAAGAUGACAGCUGCUACGCGCGACUCAUCGAUAACAACGUGGAACGUGGUUGUUUAAAGGAACUCCAAACGGCAGAUCAAGCAAAAUGCACCAACGUAGCAGACCUCACUUGUACAAUUUGUACCGGAACGGGAUGCAACACCGGUGCAUGGCUGAAGUGUCACAAAUGCGAAGGCACUGCUUGCUACGCGGAAAGAUCUGAUGACAGUGCAGUUCAGUUCUGUGCCAAGUACAGCGAGGGAGAUGAAUGCUAUUCUAAGACCGAAAUCGAUAGAGUGACUCGAGGUUGUAAAUCGGAUUUGACCAACUUCCUGACUGAAUGCUUUGCCUUCAAGUAUUGCGAAGCCUGCGAAGGCGAAGCAUGCAACAAGCUGUCAGGUGACGUUUUGAAAAACCUCCGAAAAUGUUUGCAGUGUGAUUCCUCAGACGCCAAGUGUGUGGAUUCGACGGCAACCGCAGCGGAAUGCGACGUACGAGAGGACCGUUGUUACACGAAAGUGCAAGGUACUGUUCUUCAGCGAGGAUGUGUCUCGAAACUGAACGAAGUGGAACUUAAUCUGUGCAACAAAGCGGAUGACACCACCUGUGUGACUUGCUCGGCCGACACCUGCAACAACCAACCAUGGCUGAAGUGCCACCAGUGCAAGGAAACAGCAGUGGCUUCCUGCGCCCAAGAGCAAACCGCCGCAGCUCCGUUCUGUCCAAAUUGGAAACUCAAUAACCAAUGUUACGAAAGACUAGAAUCUUCCAAAGUGGCCCGUGGAUGUGAAACCGAUUUGGGUGCUUCCGUCGAGGCAUGCAAGGACAACGAAAAAUGCCGAACAUGCUCCAAGGAUGGCUGCAACAAGGAAGCGGCUACCACACUGGAUAGCACCGAGCGUUGCGUACAGUGCAGUGGCGACUUUGAGGCCUGUAUCAAGGGUACAGAAGUGAGCCAACCCUGCGCGAAGGCUUCGGAGAACAAGUGCUACUCGCUGGUGGACAACACUGGACUACUCACCCGUGGUUGCAAGGGAGAUCUGACGGCGGAACAGACUACGGGCUGCACCGGAAAGUCGUGCAACAUUUGCGAGGGAGCAGGAUGCAACAAAGACGUCUUCCCCACGGAUCGUCUCAGUUGCUACCAGUGCAAGACCACCGACUCGGACAAAAAGUGUGCCGAUCAGUUGACUGGCGAAACCAAUGCUGCCUACUGCAAGAAGUACAAGGAAGGAGACCAGUGCUACGCCAGAAUUGUCAACGACAUCUUUGAACGAGGCUGCCAGUCAGAUCUGGAAAAAUCGGCUUGCGAUGGGCUUAAGGAUAACGAAUGCCAGUCCUGCACCGGUGAAAACUGCAACGGAGUGUCGGAGGAGAGGCUGAAAAAUGCUGCCGGUGUAACGACUGUUAGUUCACUGCUUGUUGCAGUAUGUUCGAUGGUACUAGCUUUAACCGCCUUCAACUAAUCUGAGGUGGGCUGUGGUCUGGUCGAUUAGAUAUAGUUGUUUUUGUGAUGUACAUUUGCGCUUUAAAAAAAAGAAAACUAUGUUAAG